AUGGCAUCUUCAACCUCACCACAUCCCAUCCAGUCGGUCUCUACUGCCGAACUCUACAAUCGAUGGGCAAAAGUAUAUGACACGGAUGGGAACAUCCUCCAAGCUGUCGACGACUCUUUAGUGCCUGGCUUGCUGUCGAAGGCAUUCGCUCUAGUGGGCAGCUCCUCCCCAGCAGGAAUCGUCGUUACAGAGCUUGGUUGUGGCACCUGUCGGAACACUGUCAAACUCCUCACUCUCCCCACCAUUCAAACCUCCCAUGGGUAUCCGAGCACAACUUCAGAUUCCGAAGCACCUAGCCCCACAAUAAGCCAAAUCCACGCUCUCGACCUCUCCCGUUUAAUGUUGGAUGUAGGUCGGGGUCGUUGCCAGGAUUUAUUUUCAUCCACUAUUUUUAAGAAUCAAGCGAUACAACGUCCGGAAAUAUCUCACCACGAAUUUGACGCCCUUGCACCCGAAUUGUAUCCUUCGGUCCUACCACUGCAGGGUCAGGCAGAUCUAGUCCUCUCAACACUAGUAUUGGAACACCUACCCGUCUCGACUUUCUUCCGUACUAUUCAAGGUUUCCUCAAGCCUGGGGGGGUUUUAGUACUGACUAAUAUGCACGCUGAAAUGGGUAGGCGGGGCCAGGCUGGUUUCUUGGAUGGGGAGAAGAACGCAGGCGGGAUUAAGGUUCGAGGGCAGAGCUACGUGUAUGAGGUGCAAGAGGUGGUGGAUGCUGGUAAGAAGGAAGGAUUUGUUCCUGUCGGCGAUGUAAUAGAAAGAGCUAUUCGAGAGGAAGACGUUGGGGAGGGGAGGUUGCUAGGAGAGCGGGGGACGAAGUGGAUUGGCACCCAGGUGUGGUUUGGGUUUAUUAUGAGACUCAGUGCGAACUGA